UGCGAGAUCAUGACCCAAGCUGAAGCCGGACGCUCAACCAACUGAGCCAUCCAGGCGUCCCUUUGUUGAGUAUUCUUAUAGCUCAGGGAUGAGAAUGAUGUCGUCUACUCUGCUGAGGGCCUGAGCUUAGUGACCCUCCCGUCACCAUGAGUGUCACGCCAGAGAUUAAGAGCCGUGGGAUGAAGUUUGCCGAGGAGCAGCUGCUGAAGCAUGGAUGGACCCAAGGCAAAGGUCUGGGCCGGAAGGAGAAUGGCAUCACCCAGGCCCUCAGGGUGACGCUGAAGCAGGACACUCAUGGGGUGGGACAUGACCCUGCCAAGGAGUUCACGGACCACUGGUGGAAUGAGCUCUUCGACAAGACUGCAGCCAGCUUGGUUGUGGAGACUGGGCAGGAUGGAGUCCGGAUAAGGCAUCUUUCUAAGGAGACUACCCGUCGUAAUCGUCCCAAGCCCAACUUGCUGUAUCAGAAGUUUGUAAAGACGGCCACGCUGACGUCAGGUGGUGAACAGCCAGACAAAGACGUGGAGAGCCACAGUGAUGAUGACAGCCAGGGGUCCAAGCCUCCAAAGAUUCUGACCGAUGAGAUGCUGCUCCAAGCCUGUGAGGGGCGAACAGCAUACAAGGCUGCUCGUCUUGGGAUCAUGAUGAAGGCUAAGCUCGCUCGGUUGGAGGCCCAAGAACAGGCCUUCCUGGCUCAUCUCAAAGGCCAGGACCCCGGGACCUCUCAACUACAGUCUGAGAGCAAGCCCCGCAAAAAGAAGAAAAAGAAAAGAAAGCAGGAAGGGGAGGAAGAGGCUACGGCAACUGAUGGGGAUGCAGAAGAGGAGUGCCCAGAGGACCCAGGCCAGAGCACCAGGAGAAGCCAGAAGAAGAAAGGGCAACGGCGAGAAAAGGCGGUUGCAGACGAGACAGGGGGCACAGCUGUCGGAGGCGGGGACGGGGAGGCCACAGGAACGAGUGAGCUGGGAGAGUGGAAGAACGGGGAGCAAACGGAUGAGCCCUUCGGGAAAAGGAAGAAGCGGCGGCACCGAGCAGAGAAGGUGGGGGUGUCGGGUGGAACAGGAGGCAUUGGGCCGGAGCAGGCGGAGAGCGGGGCACACGCGGAGCCGGGCAGCAGACGCGAGCAGAGGCGGCGGCAGCAAGACUUGGGCGCAGAAGCCACGGCCCGAGCUGCCCAAGACAGUGGGGCCCAGGAGGCAGCGAGCAGAAGGCACGGUGACGGUGACAGGAAAAGCAGGAGAAGGAAGAAGAAAAGGCAGCGGCCCCAGGAGGAGGAGGAUGUGGGGGAGGGGGAGGGGGGCAGAGCUGGAGUCAGCCCCGAUGGGAGAACAAGGAAGGAGAAACAGAAGAAAGACUGAAGGGCAGGACAAGGCGGGGCUCUACAAAUUCCUUUUCAGGACUUGAAGUCUGAGACCCCCAGUGGACAAGCGCUCCUGCGCCCUCCCCGUGAGGAGUCCCUCCCAAGGAGGAAGUCGAGUGCCGGAGCGCCAGCUGCUCACAGGACGGUGUGGGCACAGCACUGGGGACUGUGGGGACAGGAAGGCAGAGGCCCUCUGGAGGGGCACCCUUGCUGAAGGCGCACC